AUGGGAGUACAGGCGGAGGGCGUCCAGCAGCCCCUCCCCAGAAUUGAGCUCACUCCGCUCGAAAAUCUCAUCCAACGACUUUUGCUUGAUGUCAAACACUAUAUUGAAACGAAAGAAAAGCCCGAGGGAGUGAAGACACAGGAAGAACUGGUGCUGCGUUUUACUGGGGGAUGGGUUCGAGACAAGCUGCUCGGUGUUUCUAGUCAUGACAUUGAUGUCGCGAUCAGCACCAUGACUGGCUUCCAAUUUGGAAGCCUCCUAAAGGAAUACCUGGAUGACCCGGAAAAUCUAGCUAAGUAUAAGGAUAGCGAGAACCCGACACUAAACGAUGAUAUCGUCAAAAUCCACAAAAUCGACGCAAACCCUGAAAAGUCCAAGCAUCUGGAAACCAUCACCACAAAGCUAUUUGGCUUGGACAUUGAUUUGGUGAAUUUACGAAAAGAGACAUACACAGAAGAAAGUCGAAACCCCCAGAUGGAGUUUGGCACGGCGGAGGAGGACGCUUUACGACGUGAUGCGACUGUCAAUGCAAUGUUCUAUAACCUGAACACUGGAACACUUGAAGAUUACACUGGGAAGGGUCUCCAGGAUUUGGAACAAAAACUCAUCAGGACACCCCUAGAGGCAUACCAAACAUUCAAGGACGACCCUCUCCGUGUCCUUCGACUCAUUAGAUUCGCUAGCCGACUGGGGUAUCGUAUCGAUGACGAGUCUCAAGAAGCAAUGCAGAACAAGGACAUUAAGGAAGCACUCAAGCUAAAAAUCAGCAAGGAGCGUGUGGGAGCAGAAGUAGAAAAAAUGCUUCGGGGUCCCGAUCCUAAAUCUGCAUUAAAAUUUAUCGACUCGCUCUCAUUAUAUUCCACCAUAUUUGCGAAUCAACGCGACGAUACGAACACAACUACUGAUUCUUGGCACCUAGUAUACGACGCGUUUGACAAGAUAGCACGUCCUUCUGAGACUAGUGACGACAUCUCCCAGAGAACUAAGCACGUACACGAUAUCCUCAUUCGUGACGAGAAUGAUACCUACCAUGCUUGGUUGGUAGCUGCGUUUGCUCCCUGGGCGCUUGUACCUGCACGUGAAACCAAGUUCAAGUCGGAGAAACCUCCCGUCAUUGUACGGGCAGCAGAAGUUGCCAGAGACAAUCUACGCUCUGAGAACAAAGUGGUCUCCCUGUUGAAAGACUCGGUCUCUCACUUCGAGGAGAUGAGAAUAUUCAAGAACAAUUUGAUCUCGAAUGCCAUUCCUGGAACAGCGCCUGAGGUCAGACAGCAUGUAGGCCUCACUAUACGAUCUUGGAGGAAAGAUUGGCGAAUGAUAGCUGUGAUGGCAUUGCUUCAAGAAAUCAUGGCUGGGGCAGAGUUUUCUACAGUGAUCCUCGAGUAUGAUCGUUUUCUUUCAUACUUGGAGACAGAAAACCUCCUGGACGUCACUGACUUGCGGCCGAUUGUCAAUGGCAAUGAAAUCUCAGCAGCUCUCGGGGUUCGUAGUGGAAGAUGGUUGAGUGCGGCUCUUGAAAUGAUGAUUGAGUGGCAACUACUUCACCCGGAAAUUACAGAGAAAGAAAAGGCAUUGCAAGAAAAUAUCCGUCUAGCAGCGCGCAAGUACAUCACGGAAACUGGCAGUGAGGAUUUGACUUCUUUUGCGACUGAGGCCAGCGGAGAAACAGUAACAAUAAAAACGUUGUGGGCAGAGAUAACUUCCCACGAUGCCCUUGAUACCUCAACAUUAAACGAAGACCUCCUGGUAGUCCAAUAUGUACUGAAGCAGUGGAGUUCUAGCGGACAGCUGGGGGUUGACGACAAGCAAGCAGCACAGGCCAUGUAUCGAUCGACAUUGAGCCUUGCCAUAUCAUGCAUCCAAACACUGAAUAGCAUAUUUCCUGCUGCGGAAGCAGCAAAUUUGGCAGACAUUAUUACGGCUCUCGCAAGUUUCACAAAUAAGAGAGACCCAUGGACAACAAGCAUAAGUUACAGUGGCGCUCUCGCAGUUCUUGGAUUAUUUGUGCAAACAAGAAAGACUGUAUUUUGGGAAGUCUUGGAGCAGAUUUGCGUAUCAAAAAUAAGGCCGAUAUUUGCAAAGACAAAAACACCAGCCAUUACUGCAGCUGGUCGAAAGAAUCUUCACCCAACGCCUCAACCUAGAUUCGACGGAAAUAUCUUUAACCCUGAAGCAAAGCCCUGGAAACAUGUCAAUGUAUAUGUGACAACUGUCUUGGAAUGGCUGCUCUCAGAAUACACACCUUCCGACGCUUCACGCCUUGAGAGCGAUUUUCAUUUCUACAUCCCGCCAAUAUUAUCUCUUCUUGACGAUGAAAGUUUGCCAUUCAAAUUUCGUGGAUGCAAUCUUCUCUUCAGCUUUCUCAAACCCAUACAACCAAGCAACUCUGAUCUCCUCCAGCGGACGAAUCUAUCUUCGGUGUUUGAUGACGCUCUGACCCCAAACCUCCUCUCUCUUCCAAAAAUAACCCCAGAAGAAGAAAGUUUACAGUUACUCAAAGCAACGUACGAAGCGUUAUUACUUACGAUUCAGACCCGAUAUCAUACUAGGCAGAAUAAAGCAGCCUAUACUUCUCGAAUAACAAAGCUCUUACGUGACAAUAUCAUUUCAUCAUUUCACCAUAUAAGUUCAUAUACACCGACCUCCAUGGAGGAGCCGUCCACCUUAGUAUCAUUCCCAUAUCCAAGGCUAUCAACCUUCAUUCUGAAAGAACUAAGGAUAAUAACUCAAGAGCUCGGUAUCCAUACAUCGAAGUAUCUACAAGAAAUAGUACCUAUGAUUUACAGUACUCUUACAAAUCCAUUUGGAACCGCACACCCUCCCUUACUUGAGGCUGGUGUUGCUGCAGCACAGGCAGUUAUCUUCAAUUCACAUCCGCGCAUAUGGCGGUAUAGAGGAGAGCUUCUGUCUGCUUUCUGCGAAUGUUGGUUACACGUUUAUCAGGAUGAGAAGGAAAUGGGUGACCCCAAUUCUAACAGUCGAUUACGUGAUGUCAUGAGAAGGUUGCAAGGAGCCGUCUAUUUGUUAAAAACUGCUGUUAUAGGAGCGGAUAACCUGAAGCAAGAGGAUUUCGAAACAGUCAAUUGCGCAGAAAUAGAAGCACUGAUUGGGGCAGAUGAGGAUUUAAAGGGGCUCUUUCAAGGUUCUGCUGACGGAAAUUUACAUAAUGACUAUUUUGAAUAA